AUGGGCCACGGUGGCGGUCGCAUGGGCGGCAGUGGGGUGGUACCAUUCCGUGCCGGUGACUGGAAGUGUGGUAACGAGGUCUGUGGCUAUCACAACUUUGCCAAAAACGUGUGCUGUCUUCGUUGCGGUGCCAGCCGUGCAGGCGCAGCGGUCGUUGCUGACUCCGGCUAUCCUUCCCCUAUGGACAAUGCAUCUCAGUAUGGCAUGAACCAGGGAUCCAUGGGAGGUGGCCCCGGACCCGGACCCUUCGGCUCUGGCAGCUCUUUCGGUGGCUCUGGUGGUGGUUACAACCAGCAGCAGCACUUUGGUGGACCUCCCAGCCACUAUCUUCCCUCUGGCCUUGGAGGCGGUGCUGCGGCCUACCCCAGCUCAUUGAACACACAUGGUAGCUUUGGAUCCGGUCCCGCAUCUCACUCUGCUGGCCCUUUCGAUAGCCGAGCCGCUGAGGCCGCUUUCCAGUCAGCCACCAACGGACCUGCAUCUGGUGGACCCUCCAACAACUUCUACAACAACAAUGCCAACAACAACGGCGGCAACGGCGAGAACGACCCUUUUGCUUUCCUCUCCAGCGGCAUUGGCGGUCUCUCGGUUAGCGGAGGCGAUGGUCGACAGAACGGCGGCUCUGCUCCUCCCAACAAGUCACCUGCUUAA